UUCGCCGGCACCAACUGAACAGAUAGGAAAGGUUGAAUGAGUCAAGUCUCUGAAUAAAUCUCGGCUCUCACGUGCAGCUUGUGCAAGCCGGAUGCUCUCCCGGGCACUUUGUGCGCUGCUUUCUAUGGAAGCGCAUCAUUAAUUGGGGUAAACGCCUUUUCAUCUCACAGUUUCAAGUGAGUGCACAAUUCCAGUAGUAAUGGUGAACUAUUGUCUGUUGCUAAAGCAAAAACGCUGCGGGAGUAUCCGCUCUUAGUAGUGUCCAGUGAAAGGAUCUUAUUAAUGAUGUUCGAUAAGUGAAGGUGAACCGAUGAUGAAUGUGAUCAUUGCCAUCAUCCGGUUCUGAGGUACAAGAUAAUUAAACGACACAUAAAACUAUGUGAAAAGUAAGUGAAGUGCUUAAAAAGUGAAAUAAAACAGUAUCCGUAGUCGCUUUCAUUGCUAAUCAGCUGGAAACACAAGUCUCAAGACAAUGUUGAACGGUGUCAAGCGAAAAGUUUGUACCAGUUGGCGCCUAACUACGGUCCUAGCGUGUUUUCUUUGUAUCAUGCUGGGAAAUAACGUUUCGGCUAGUGAAGAUGAACCGACAGUCAUCAGCUACAUCAAUCGUGAUUCGGUCAAUAAAAAAAUUCUUCCGGAUGUAACCAGUAUUGCGCUGGAAGAAAAUGUUCCAGAACAGUACCGGCCUGCAACCAAGCGAUUUUCACGACUUUGGAAGGAACACAUCAAUGAUAUCAAGGGAUACGACACAGUGGCAGAUGUUGCCUUUACUUUGAUUGUGCCCGAUAAGAUCGAUGAUGAAGCUUUCGAAAAGAAUGUGACGAAAAUUCGUGAGUUUUUAUUCGACCAUACUAUACCCGGUGCCCUGAUGGAGGUGAAAGAUCAAAACGCCUACAUGAACCUUAACCAACGACCAGUGCACGUAAAUCUUUCCUGCAUCGAUAUGCUGAUGGCCUAUGAAAUCAACCAAAGUGCAAAGGUGUUAACGAAACGCCACAUUACGGAGCACCUCAACUUGGUAUUUGUAGUAGGAAACUUGACAAAUUGGUAUGCACAAAAUGUGUCUACCAAUAAGCUAAACAAACGUAAUAUCCAGGAAAACAAUCGAUACAAUGAGCCCCAACGACUAGAAAUGAAAAAUGUUACCAAAGAACUGGCUAGUAACAGAGAAAAUCGCAUUGGACAGCAUUUAACGAAUUUCUUGGCCGGUAUGAAAUCCGGCACCAAAGUAUUCCAGCACUUUUUCUCUAGCUCAAAUCUCAGUCAGCUAAUCGACGAUAGCUCAUACAUGGUGCUGAUACCGUCCGACACAGCGUUCCAACGGUGGCAUCCGAUCGAUUGGGGAUUCUAUCCUUUCUCAGUGCAAGAAUUCACUGAAUCCGUGCUACGAAAUCACUUCAUACGCAUCAGACAACCAUUGCGGAUGGCAGAUCUGCGAGCUGCACAUGCAGAACAUCGUUUGAAAACACUGGGCGGAGAGUACGUUGUACUUAAAAGUAAACCAUCCCCCAACGCAAACAAUGUAUCCAUCAUGUCCGCUUAUACGCUUUCGAAUGGGAUCGAAGUAUUUAUACUAUCUGAAGUUCUGUUUGUAUCGGAGUCCAUUGUAUCACGGCUGCACCAGAUGCACAAGGACAAAGAGACACCUCCCUUACUUGCGUUCCCAUGGUUCGGUGCACAAUUUCUAUCUCAUUCCUUUCUCGCCUUAGAGCGUGACACUCGAUUCACGCAGAUCACCCGAUUUCUUAAUACAGCCGAAAUAGCGCAAUUCAUUUCUGGAUCGAACUAUACAUUCUUCGUGCCUACCGAUGAGGCUUUUGAGCGGUACAGUUUUGAUCUGCUACCAGACGGAGUUCUCGCCUCCGAGAAAGGUAUCAAUAUGCUUCUAAACCAUUUUAUUCGUGGGCGGCUGUAUGAUCGCGAUCUGAAGGAGGGAGAAGUGUUCGACACCAUAGGCGGAAUGCCGGUAAAGAUACAACGCUCGUUUGAAAACAAUGUCACUGUGAACAACGCUCAUAUCGUUGAAUCUGAAGUAUUUGUCUACAACCUUGGGACAAUGUUUUAUGUUGAUGAUAUACUGUAUCCAGAAUUGCUGCAAGAUGAAGUAAAGGCCAUUACUGAGAUGAAGCCGGUCGAGCGUGAUAUUCCGGCCACUAUCCCAGGAAGCAACAGUGGAGAUAUUUACACAACCGAGCAAGGCGCACUAUUUACCGAUCGGUCCACCUCCAGCACACACCGAUCAUCAUUGUAUGGUUUACUCACUACGAGUGCAGAUGUAGAGUUUAUCCCUUUGGACACGACCGAACCGAGCAUAACUGGCAGUCGAGAUGAUAGUGUUCUCUUGCAAGACGAUGAAGUUAUUACGCCAAAAGCUCUUCCCCUCAGAUAUUUUUAUGAAUCACAGAAAAAAUAAGUCCACACUUGUAAUAUCAGCUCAAUUUGCCAAGAUUAGUUAUCUCCAUCGGCAAGGUGAAAUUUUGCCGGAUUUCGAAAAAAGCACAAGGGAAUUUACCAUCAUCAUUAGAUUAAUGACUGGUCUUGAACUCCAUAUUCUUGAUUCAAGAUCGAAAUUGUAGUACCCUUUUUUCAUUCAUGGAUUGGUCAUAUUUGUUUUGCCUUAUAGAUUGAUAGAUACCUUACGAGUGGUGCAUAUAGUGUAUCAGUGCAGAAUAUUGGUCAAACUAAUAGUAAUUUAAGAGUAUUUCUCGCUAUUGUUGGUUCUUGGAAAUUGAAAUGAAAUCACGUAAAUAAGUUGCGUUAUUCUAUAAGUUGGUUAAAAAAUAGUAAAACGGAUAUCUUGAAAGAACACGCUAAUGUGGCAUUGUUAGCCAGAAAAGAACAAAGAAAUUAUGUAUGUUUUUACGUUCAACCGAGUUGCAAUUAGUAACAGUAACAUUAAUUUCCGGAAUCUCAUUAAUUUAAGAUAUGUGAGCGACAGUGAAGCGUAGGGUAGGUACGGCAACCCAUCAGUAAUUAUUUAUUACUCUGAUUUCCAAGCGAAAGGAGUGGUUCUGCCCUUACUUCUACGUCAAAAAUAAAAGUUUAAUUUUCAUCCGUUCAACUUUGGCCAACGUAGUAAAAGCGAAACUCAUUCGCUUACAAAGAAAACAAAAUGAAAACAUAUCAGACAUAAAAUUACCGCCAACAAUUCCAUGCAAUAAAAAAACAAUCAGUUGCAGAAAGCAAUGGUUGAUGAUUCCUGACGAUGCGUAGAAAUGUUAUUUGAAAAUAAAUGAAAAAAUAAACCUUUAAAAACCUAGAGGAAAUUUCAUUAUUUAAGGUAGGUAACAAGCUUGAUAAAAUUACAUCUUUUCUUUUUAAUGCUAAUGCUAAAUUCCUCAAUUGGGGCUGAUCACUCCCGCUCCGUCUAUCUGGAAUAU